UUUACGGUAAUAUUUAUUUUUAGAACCGGUCUGCCCAAAGCUUAUAAAAUACAGGAACUUUCCAGUUUCAUCGUACAUUCAGACUUUGACAACUACGAAAGAACAACGUUUUAGGUAUACAAUGCGAGUUGGAAGGCGAACAGCACACGAAGCCGACGCUUUUGUACAGACACACAAAAUAAACACAAAGUUUCCAUAGCAGAUCAGCCGACUGUCAACAAAUCAAAAUGACGAAGAAACGGACAUUCCUGAGGGACGUCAAUUCCCUCAUGAAGACAGUCGCAAACGUGACAGCAGACCAGGUUACCAUCUCGACAGAGUCUCUGGAAAGCGCCGACGAGGGAAAUGAUAUCCAUGAGGGCAGCAUCAUUGCAGAAGUGGCACCAUCAAGCGGGGCUUACAAAGGAGGCAAAUUCAAGUUCGAGAUCUAUGCUGUAAGUGAAUACCCUGAGUCACCACCAGAAGUGCGAUGCCUCACAGAAAUAUACCACCCAAACAUUGACAGUGAUGACACCGACAGUGAUGGUACCAACAUCUGUGUGAGUCUGCUUGAACAAGGGGAGUGGGAUCCCAAUAUGACCUUGGAGCAUUGUAUACAGGCCAUCCUCUUCCUCUUUUACAACCCAAACUGGGAAGAUGCUCUUUCCCCACUCUUCUCACCAGACCUUACUGAAACUGACUUUGAGAAAAAUGUUAAAAUUUCCAUAGAGGGAGGAGAUAUUGAAGGGCGCUUGUUUGAAAGAAAUUAUGGUUUUACUGUGUCUGAGAAUGUCACAAACGAUGCUGAUGGGUCAAAAUUAACUGAUCAAGAAAUCGAACUAAAUAGUAUAAACACUGCCCUAAACAAUGCAAGAGUAGAUAAUAACGAAACAGUUGAAAUAAAUCGGGCAGAGGAUUCAACAACAGAAAUUGGAACAAGGGUUGAAAUAGAAGAAUCUCAAGAGGAAAACACUGUUCAAGCAUGUGACACUGCCCAAGUAAACAUUGAAAUUCCAACAGUAGAUUUCACCACACAGGAAGUGGACCCAACUACACAGGAAGUAGAUCUACAGGAAACUGUCAGACAGGAAGUAGAUCAAACAGAGACCAAUACUGUUGUACCACAGGAUUUGGAAUGUGAAACACAGACUUCAGGCCAUGUUGAUUCAGAGGAGGUUAUUGUUUCAGAAAAUAAUUUCAAUACAGAUCAAAGGGAGACAAUCAAAUCAUUUAACAUUUUGAGUGCAAUAAUUCUUGACUAUUCUACUAUACAAAAUCUUAAGGUAGACAAACAAGCUGGUUUUCUACAUAGAAGUUUAUCUGUUGGAGAUUCUCCACGUGGAGAAAUCAGCAAAUUAAACAAUGUGGCUGUUGGUGUAGAUAAAGAAACAGAAAACAAGCUAGGUAUAAGGACAAAUACAUUGAAUGUAUGUGACAUUGGAACAAAUGCGAUUGAUGGGGUUGCAGAUGCAGGAGUGCCAUGUCCAUUUGUAGUUGAUGAACAACAGCAGCUGUUGCCAGAUAGCCCAACAAACACUAAAUCUGGAAAGGGCAUGGGAGCCUCCACUGAAUGGUGUUGCAAUGUAAUGUAGCUUGAGUUAUGCUUGACAGUGUAGAUGAAUGGUCAAUUAUCCAAGGAUAUGUGUGGAUGCAUGUCGUUAUGGACAAAUUAGUGUGAAUGAUAUGUCAGGUUUUGUAUGUGUUAGUCAGCACGGAAUGGAUUUUAUUAACCUAGUGAUUUACUUGGAUGGAGGCAUUGUGUAUGUAUCUAGGUAUGUAAUUGGUUGAUAUUUUACAAGCUUCACAAUAUUUAUCUGUGUUUAAACUUAAUGUUAAAUGCUCAUUUCUGUUGCUGCAAAUUAAAUCCCAUGGAUUGUGCUAGUUAUUGAUGAUAAUGUAUUUGGUUAAUUCCAUUAUCUAUUACACUUAAGUAUCAUGUUUGUUGAUAGGAAGCUAAGCAGUACAAAACCAAAUUAUUAAUAAAGCUACUCUGGAUAAUCUUUGUAUCUCUUCUGAAGAAAUGUUUACCUUCCCUGGUUGCACCUAUUCAAGCCCCCAAAAUAAUCUGUUUUCUCUUUAAAUUUGCCUUCCUUGCUAAAACAUUUUUAAGUAACAAUGUUCUUAUUUACAUUGUGAUUGCAAUAGCUGUUAAUGUCUGACACAUAUAAAUGCUUCCAUUGAUUUUUUUUGUGAUAGAUAUUUUCAGUGAGACAUCAAAGGGGGACAACUGCAAUGACUUUUAAGUGUUUGACACCAAUUAAUGUGCUUUUUACAACUUUAAUUCCUUGUACCCAUGGCGUCAUAAAUGUAAAUUAGGUAAAAUAUAGUAAAUAAAUUAGAAGUACAGUAUAGUGAUUAAAUUUGAAUAUGUUGUAAAAUAUAAGAUGAAAACAGGUAAUUAGCUCCUAAUGUCCAUGACAUCAAAAAGUGCAAUUUCUGAAUUACACACCUCUUAUCUUAUAAUUGUCCUAAAAUAAAAACUGCUUAUAAAUUUAACAGAAAAGAUCUUUUGCCCAUAUGACAAAUUUUAUAGCUUCCAUGGCAUAUAUAUACCGAUAUAUAUAUUUUAAUAAUGAGACACCUCCAUCCCCUCCAAUACCCAUAACCAUAACUCUCCAACCCACUCGCCCACCAACACAACACACACCUUUGUUUGUUCCUCCCUUUCUGACCCAAUAGUUAUGCUUUUCUUAGGUACUGGUCACAAUAGGAAGUUUUUACAAUUAUUUAAGUUUCCCAGAUUGAUAAACUGUUAUAAGUGUCAAUAAUGUGUUUAGGCGAAAUACUGUUUGUAUGUUUUAUACCAUAAACAUUUACAUGUACAUUUGUGUAAAAAAUAUUAUUUAUUUAUUCAGUAAUAUAUAAUACUGAACGUUUUUGUUAAUAUUGCUGAGCUCUGACUCAACAGCUUAUCAGGUUUCUCGAGAUUACAAUGAAUAAAAAGAUAACAUGCUUAA